UUGUGGGUGUAACAUCGUUGUUGAUAUAAGCUUUGCAGGACAGAAACUUUGACAUACCACAAAAGUGGAACAGAAGAGUUGCUCAGAGCGGCGGUUUGUUUAAAAAGAUAAAUAGUUUAUGUGUAUGAUGGACCCGUUGUACAUGGCUUUAAGCUCUUAUCGCAGGCGAAAAUAUGACCAGUGUGCAUCACUUUGCACAGAAUUACUGGAGAAAAAUCCAUACGAUCAGGCCAUAUGGACACUUAAAAUGAAAGCCUUGACAGAACAAGUGUAUGUGGAUGAUAUAGAAGCUGAAGAGGAGGGCAUGGCGGAUGCUAUACUGGACGAUGAUAUCAUAGCCCAGGUUCCUCGCCCUGGAACUUCGCUCCGCACAUCAUCUCAAGUUCAGCGUGGUGUCAGCCAGGGUCAGAGACCACUGACACAAACUGGUCGUCCACUGAGUGGAGUUGUUCGACCAGGUACUCAGACAAGUCGGCCAGAAACUAUUGAACAGGCUCUGAAAACUCCACGUACUGCACGGACAGCUAGACCAGUGACAUCCCGCUCUGCACGAAGUGUGCGUUUGGGAACAGCAUCCAUGUUGACAGAACCAGGUGGACCCUUCAUACAGAUUUCGAGACUAAAUCUUGGAAAAUACGCUGCUAAUCCUUCCAUCGCUAAACCUCUUUUUGAAUACCUGUUUUACCACGAGAAUGAUGUGAGACAUGCUAUGGAACUUGCUGUGCAGGCAACUGAGGCCUCUUUGUUCAAAGACUGGUGGUGGAAAGUACAACUUGGGAAAUGUUACUUUGUAAUGGGCCUGAUGCGAGAUGCAGAGCAACAGUUUCGUUCAGCUCUGAAGUGGCAACAGACAGUUGAGACAUUUUUGAGGUUGGCAAGGGUUUAUAUUCGUCUGGAUCAGCCUCUGACAGCACUCGAUGUUUGCAAGACAGGACUCGAGUACUUUCCUAAUGAAGUGACGCUUACAACAGAAAUAGCCAGGUUGUUUGAGGGCAUGAACAAGAUAACAGUCUCUGUAAAAUAUUAUAAAGACAUUCUGAAGGAAGAUGCCACCCAUGUUGAGGCUAUAGCAUGCAUAGGGAUGCAACACUUUUAUACAGACCAACCAGAGGUAGCUCUUCGAUUUUACAGACGUCUGCUGCAAAUGGGUGUAUACAAUGCAGAGCUUUUCAAUAAUCUUGGACUCUGUUGUUUUUAUGCUCAGCAAUAUGACAUGACACUGACAUGCUUUGAACGAGCUUUAAAUUUAGCAACAGAUGAAGUAAUUGCUGAUAUAUGGUAUAAUAUUGCACAUAUAGCAAUUGGAGUCGGAGACUGUGGGCUGGCUUCUCAGUGCCUGAGACUAUCUCUGAGUGCAGACAGUAACCAUGCACCUGCUUACAACAACCUGGGUGUACUGGAACUCAGGCGGGGUCAUUAUGAGCAAGCUCGAGCAUUCUUCCAGGCUGCUGGCUGCCUUGCACCAUAUCUGUUUGAGCCUCAUUACAACCAUGCCUCUCUAGCAGAGAAGAUGGGUGAUCUGCAAACUAGCUACAUUGUUAUACAGAAAGCUCUUGAAGCAUAUCCUUGCCACACAGGCUCCCAAGAACUACUAAACUCACUUCAGCGGCAUUUUGCAUUUAUUUAAAUUUUAUGAAAUUACAUUUCAUAUAGUGGCUCAGUGAUUGCGACUUUAUUUGGAGUGCAAGGUUCAAUCCUCACUCAGGCAAACAAUAUUUUCUGUUCACGGAAAUUGCAGGCCUGCAGCCAGAUGAUGUUUACUACACUUCAUGCUAGUUUGACUGGAAACCUGUCAGUAAUCCUCAUGUGAACCAUCAAAGACUGCAAGUGUAUAGUCGAAAUAUUGUGGAGUAUAGUAAAUCUCUUUUAACAUUCAAUUCACAAGGAAAAUUUUAAAAUUCACAUCUUUUUUCUGUCACUUACAGCUUCUUUCACCUGUAAAGUUGCACCAUGGUUCUCAGGCCACAUUAAAUUGUAAGACCCCAUGUAACUGGCUGCAUAAGUCUGUUUAAAGGUCAAGUUCAGACCAAUUUUUUAAAAUUUUGCUUAUCAUGUUGUGCUUUCGUCUAGUCAAAAACCUUGGUUUAAUUCAGUGUGAUGAAUAUAUUUCAUGAUACAUCUGCAUAUUCCAUGCUCAUGUUUCUUUCUAAAUAUAGGAAUUAUGGCUGCAUGCUCACGGAAGUUAUACCUAUCACAUCUGCUUUGCAGUGCUAAUUAGGAUCCAGAACUAAACUAUUUUGAUAAAUAAAACACCCAUUUGUGGUGAUAUUAUAAUUUAUAUGUAUUGUUAGUUGAGUUCUAUCUUGUAAAGCCAGAGAGAAUUAGCUAUGCAACAGGAGGCAAGUUUUUAAUUAUUCACAAUACUGCAAAAGAAGUGUCAUAUGGAAGCAAAUGAGUAUCUUAUCAUUGUAACCUUGAUAUGUGCCCUAUAUAUGACAGUUAAAAUAAUUAAAAUUAUUAAUUUAUAAAUACAGUUAAAAUACUACUGUUCAUCCAGAUCAUUAGAUUUUUUUAUUUAUCUGCAGACCAUAGUUUUUAUAUGUUUAUUGCUCUAUCUUGUGCUGUGAUGACUUGGGUCACCAGCAAAAGAGUAAAUAGUGCUGCAGAUAUGUUUCACCUGCAAUUUCUAAUCCCAUUCUCAUGAGUUUAUGAGACUGUUUCCUGAGACUAUGUACGUACAGUGAAACCCCACUUUUACACUUUUCAAGGGACUUUAAAAAAAAAUGGUAUAAAAUGCGGGAAAAUGUAAAAUGUGGGAAAUAACAUUUUGAGUGGCAAAAGUUACUUACAGAAUUCCCUUUUGCAUUUAUGCACUUAAUGUAUAAUAUAUUUAUGUAGUAGGCAUCAAAAUACUUGUCAGGGACUUGUUUAUUAUCUAAUAAAGUUAUUGUAGCUGGUAACUGUCUGAGAAGUAGAAAUGUCUGACUAAAUUUCAUACGUCUUAUUUGAUGUUUUUGAAAGCCUGCAGCUGUUAGUCAUUAUUUAAAAGAAUAACACAGAACCAAUUACGUAUUUUUUCAUGCUUAGCAGGAGGCAUUUCGAGAAUUUUUUCUUGUUAAGUGCAAAUAUUUACAUAAGUUUGUUGUGUGGGGUCUGCGUAAGUGUUGUUCUGCAUUUCUUGCACUGUAGUCGUCUUUUUGAGAUUAUCAGGUACUGUGCCUCCUCAAUUAUGUAGAAAACAACAACAAAAAACACACACACGCACACGCACACACACAAAUCAUUCACUUUGUUUGUUUGUGAAACAUCACGAAAAAUACAUACAUAACUACUGCAUAUGACGACGACAAAGUCUUGGAACACGUCUUCUUAAUCAUGAAAAAAUAUGUAAUUGGUGUUGUGUUAAAAACGCAAAUUGAGCAAAGGCAUCAACUACAGCAAGUGGCCAAACGACGAAAUGCACAAAAUAUGGUUCAAUGAAGGUGUUGCGAAGAGGAGAACAAUCAUGAAGCUGCACGUGCGCAGUAGACACAGUUUGGAAAUGAUUGAUUGGUCGUGUUAUCUUUAUUCGAACAAACCUCGUUACUUCCAUCAGGCACUAUGCCAAGUAGAGCUUGGCAGAGGCAGGAGAUAUGACAUGAAUUGUUCCGACAUUUACUGUUCACUGGUUCAGAUCCACUGAGUAGAGUGCCCUGGUGUCAAGGAACUGAACCAGGAACCGUAUGUAAACACAAAUUGAUGACCAACAUCAUGCUAGUGUAAUCUUAUGCCAGUUUCUUUUCCGCAAACAUUUUUUCAUAAAGCAUAAAUCACAGGAAAAUUGGGUGCAAAUUAACGUUGUGGACAUGUGAAAUUUGACAGUAGCAAUAAAUAAAAAAAAUUUCAUAAAUAGUGGGAAAAUGUUAAUUCUGGGAGUGUAAAAGUAGGGUUAUCCUGUAUUUUGAAUAGCAGUUGUGUCACUGGCCAGCCUUGUAGCAGACCUUUGGUUGCACUAAAUUUCUGUGAAAUUAUUACCGUAUUUACUCGAAUCUAAGCCGCACCUGAAAAAUGAGACUCGAAAUUAAAGGAAAAAAAAAUUUUCCGAAUCUAAGCCGCACCUGAAAUUUGAGACUCGAAAUUCAAGGGGAGAGAAGUUUUAGGCCGCACCUCCAAAGCGAAACAAAGUUGGUCCAUUGUAAUAUGAGACACAAUUUAGGUCGAAUGAAUGACGAUACAGCUACAGUAGUUUGGUUCGAGCCGUAAGCUUAGCAGUUAAGCUUUACCAGGUAACCAUUGCUAUGCGUAGGCGCUCCGUCCGUAUUUAUACGGGUACCCUUCGUUUUUCACGUGCUUCGUCUGGUUUGAAUUGAUUGCUUAUUUUUCUCUGAUCUGAUAAGUGCCGUUCUCUUUGUUAUAGGUGUUUACGUCACUCUGAGCUGAAAAUGCAUUACUGUACUGUGUCAUGCAUUGUUUGUCGCAUUCUGAUAAUGAAUGUUUAGGAAUUGUGACAGUAGCGAAACAAUGGAAAGAGACUGCUAUUUGUUGUUAUUUACACUGCUGCUUUCUUUGUUAAUGAUCAACAAGAACCAAGUAAUAAACUGCGUAUGAUAGAAUAUGUUCUGAACGAGAGUUUAGCGAAAAUUUUUCUCCGUUUGAAAAUCUUUGCAGACGUCUCUUUAGUACAUUACUUUCUGCACAGAAAUUAGUCAUCUUAGAUUUAAAAAUCUAGUUAAUUGCCGUGCUUCAUUUCUGACUGUAUCCCUAUUAGGCAUAAGAAUAAUACGAAUAUAAACAUGAUAUGAUAUGUGUAUACUUCCGCGUUUGCUGUUGUCUCACUAGUUUCGUAGCUUAUUAGCCAGACAGGAUUUAAAUGAGAUAGCAGCAAACACGAAAGAAUACAUGGCAAAAUGUUUAUAUUCAUAUUCGUAUUAUUCUUAUGGUGAAGACAAUACUGCAUGUGAUUCACAAAAGUUCCCAUUAGCAACCAUCUCUUGUCACAGGUAGGAAAAAAUUCAGAACAUAGAAUUGGCCAUACUGACAAACAUUCCAAACAGUCUUGCCAGUGGGACUUUCGUAGUACAUUGAAAAGCUGCUACAUUCGAAGAUGAACAAUACGGAAUUUGUAUUUACUUCGUUGGAUAAUGUAUGAAAAUGCAGUGGUCGAAAUUCGGGGCGGAGAAAAAAAAGCUCGUCUUCCGCCUUUUUUUAAAUUUUCUUUACUGACGUAGAGGUUUUGGCGCCAGUAUUUAUCUUUGUGCCUGCAAAGCAUGCCUGUGUAGCGCUACAUAUAUUUGACGGCAGAAGUUAGUUGUGGCAGCACCUCCCAACAUAUUUCAGAACUUCCCAUUACUUUGCACUCGAUUCUAAGCCGCAGGCGGCUUUUUGGAUUAUAAAAAACCGGAAAAAAGUGCGGCUUAGAUUCGAGUAAAUACGGUACCUAUUUGGCAUAUUAUUUGCACAUAUCUUUUACUAUUUUAAUAAAGGGAUCCUUUUUGUCUGCCAUAUGUAAUGCUUUCCAAAGCAGUUUUUGUAGAAAGAUGUCAUAUGUCAUUCCUAAAAUUAAUGCAUUGCUUUUCAAUUUUUCCAAAAUCUGUUAUAAUACAAAAAGAUGGUCUGUACAUAAUCUAUGAAACCAUGUUGCUCUCCUUGGAUCGUAAAAUCAGUUUCCACUUUUUUUUU